AUGCAACAGCUCUUGUUCACUGUGAUAUUUUCCGAGAUGGUAUUGAUAUUGGUGUUAUCGUUCAAGACCCCCUUGAGGAAGCUUGUGAUCAUGAGCCUUGAUCGUGUGAAGCGUGGCCGUGGGCCUGUGGUGAUCAAAACGGUGGCUGGAACGGUCUUUGUGAUGUUGAUUUCAAGUUUAUAUAGUAUGGUGAAGAUCCAGAAGCGUUGGAUCGAUGAGGGCUCGGUCAAUCCAACGGACCAGGUCCUCAUGGGCAAGCACCUUCUUGAAGCCACUCUUAUGGGAGCCUCUCUGUUCCUUGCACUAAUGAUAGACAGACUACAUCACUAUAUCAGAGAACUUCGCAUUCGAAGGAAGAGCAUGGAAGCUGUAAAGAAACAAAGCCGAGAUUUUGAGAAUGGGAAAGCUGCUGGUUCAGAGGAAAAAAAGGCCUUGGAGGAAGAGAUGACUACACUGAGGACCAAAUUUGAGCAGCUGGAAUCUGAGCUUGAGUCGAAGACGAAGGAGGUAAAUGCUGCUGAAACCAAUGCAGUUGCUUUAAGGAAACAAUCUGAAGGUUUCCUUCUUGAAUAUGAUCGUUUGCUCGAGGAAAACCAAAACCUACGAAGUCAGUUGCAAUCUCUAGACCGAAGAUUGUCGCAUUCAGGUAGCAAGAAGAAUACCUAAGGAAUUGAACACCCUUUGCCAAAUAUUUCCAUUUUCCUUUACAUUUUUCAUGUCUUUAACUUGAAGUUCCAUCAUAAUUUCGUUGGAUACGCUGUCAUGUAUGCAAUCUUGUAAGUGUGAAGAAGAAGAGGGGAGGGGAGAGUAGAUUUUUGUGUGUUCGUUUUAAGUAGAGCUAGAAUGGCUAAAUCUUGACCUGACAAAUUGUAAGACAUUAUAAGGUUUUAAUAACAAAGAAUUUUUACUGCUGGUUUUUGUUUCA